AUGGAGCACAGGGCGAAGCGGGUGGCGAUCGUCGGCGCCGGCACGAGCGGGCUGGCGGCGUGCAAGCUCCUGCUGGCGCGCGGGUUCCGGCCGGUGGUGUUCGAGGCAGGGGAGUCCGUGGGCGGGCUGUGGACGCGCACGCUCGCCUCCACCAGGCUCCAGUCGCCCACCGCCGCCUACCGCUACUCGGACUUCCCCUGGCCGGACUCCGCGGGCGCGUUCCCCCGCCACGACCAGGUCGUCGACUACCUCGCCGCCUACGCGCGCCGCUUCGGCGUCGACUGCUGCGUCAGAUUCCGGAGCCGGGUCGUCGCCGCGGAGUACGUCGGUGCGGAGCCGGAGGGCGCGGCGGACGGGUGGGAGAGGUGGAACGGCAACGGCGAGGCCUUCGGCAACGGCUCGGGCGCGUGGCGCCUCACCGUGGGCCACCGCGGCGCCGGCGAGCAGGAGCCGGAGACGCAGGAGGUGCACGAGUUCGACUUCCUGAUACUCUGCAUCGGCAGCUUCAGCGGCGUGCCCAACAUCCCGGCGGCGUUCCCAGGCCCGGAGGCGUUCCGCGGGCGGGUGCUCCACUCCAUGGAGCUCUCCGACAUGGCCGACGCGGACGCCGCCGCGCUGGUCAAGGGGAAGCGCGUCGCCGUCGUGGGGUCCGGCAAGUCGGCCUUCGAGAUCGCCGCCGACUGCGCAGAGGCCAACGGUGCGGCGACGCCGUGCACGAUGGUGUGCCGGAACCCUCAGUGGCUGCUGCACCGCGCGGAAGUGUGGGGCGGGGUCAGCAUCGGGUACCUCUACAUGAACCGCUUCGCCGAGCUCAUGGUCCCCCGUCCCGGCGCCGGCGCCGCCUCCCGCCUCCUCGCCGCGCUGCUGGCGCCGCUCGCGUGGGCGAUAUCGGCGGCGACGGGGGCGUACUACCGGAGGGCGAUCCCGAUGCGGGAGCACGGCAUGGAGCCCGGGCACGGGUUCGCGCGGUGCGUGUCGUCGUGCCUCAUCUCCAUGCUCCCCGACGGGUUCUACUACAAGGUGAAGGAAGGCAGCGUCGUCUUCGCGAGGUCCAGGUCCUUCGGCUUCUGCCACGACGGCCUGGUGCUCGACGGCGCCGGCGCCGAGAAGCGCGUCGUGCCGGCCGACGUGGUGGUCCUGGCCACGGGCUUCCGCGGCGACGAGAAGCUGAAAAACAUGUUCGCGUCGCCACGGGUGAAGGACAUCAUCGCCGGAUCGUCGAACUCGGACACGGCCGUGCCGCUGUACCGGGAGUCCGUGCACCCGCGGAUCCCGCAGAUGGCGGUGGUGGGGCACGCGGAGGGGCUGAACAACAUGUACGCGAGCGAGAUGACGGCCAAGUGGGUGGCGCGGCUGCUGGACGGCGCGUUCCGGCUGCCGGGCGUGCGGCGGAUGGAGGAGAGCUGCGUGGAGUGGGGCCGGUACUACGCGCGGAGGAGCGGCGGCGGCGGUGAGGGGCAGCGCCCGUGGAGGCCGUGCCUCGGCGCCGUCAACGUGUGGUACAACGACGAGCUGUGCCGCGACAUGGGGUGCGACCCGAGGAGGAAGAGGGUGAAGGGGCAGGGGCUCCUCGCCGAGUGGUUCCAGCCGUACGGCGCCGUCGAUUACGCCGACAUCCAGUGA